AAAAUAAAUCUAAAUUUAAUUAUAAAUAUAAUGUAUCUAAAAUUUUGUUUAUACAAUAAUUGUUAGUAACUUUAAGUUACAAUUAAGAGUAAUAUUUAAUAAAUAAAAAAAUUUUCCUGAUUUUCACAAAUGGAGCCUGAGAAUAAUUGAUAAAUAGACAAUUGAUAUUACCGACUGUUUUCGUUAUACGGAUGAUGCAAACUUACCAUGCAAACACGAUCAUCGAUUAGUGCUGUAUAUACAGUUGGCAAUCGUAAUUCGCGUUUUCUCCACUAGAGGUUGUCUGUAUCAAUUCUUAACGGUCAGAAAAGAGGCGGUUUUCAAAAUUAACGCAUACGGUUGCUCGUACGGAUCAAGCGUUUCAUAAGUUUCCUUGAACCGUUUGUGUGUAUUAUUGGUCACGAUCAACGGACCGCCAAGUGUUAUAAGCCGGCGACAUGUUAAUAAAAUACUAGUUCACGGAAGAAACAACGAAAUAAACACGAGAAUGUCGUCGUUGACACUUUUAGCUACCUACGACGAGCUGGUGAGAUGUACGAACGUCCUGAUAAAUGGAGCCUGUGAGGAAGAAUUCCUGCAAUUUGCAUUAAAUCAAGAGGAGAUGAGACAGAAAUGGCUAGCGUCGGUGCAAGAAUGCCAACGACUCCAUUCAGCUUUGGACAAGGCUCAUAACGAGAUCACGAGUCUUGAUAGGAAACUGCGUCAUGCUAGAAGGAAUUUAGAGGAAGAGAACCGCAAGCGUCGUGCUAUUGAGGAGCAGAAAGAUUUUUUGGAGAAACAAAUUGCUUCAGCCAGAGAGUUCUUGUUUAAUGACAGAGGAAAAAGUGUUAAUGAUGAAACUAGAGAGAAAUUGCAGUUUCUUAAUAAUACUUCACAGAAUCGUCAAAGUAACUUGCAUGAUGUGCCCAUCGAUAAACUUAACACGAUAGCAGAAUUGAAUUCCACUGGCUCAUUAUUGAGUGAUCUUAACUGUCUAUCAAGAUCAGAGGAUGACUUGGAGACCAGUGCUAUUUUGCAGAGUCAGAAAAAGCGCGAGUGGAAGGAGCAUCGCCCCAGUAGCGAAUAUGCUAAAAAGCAUCGUCGUAGCACAUCGCACAAAACUGUGGAAUUGAACUCCUCUGAUAGAAUAGUGGCGACUACUACUGUAGUUAUGCCAAAGGAUGGUACAAUUACCGCAUCAUCCACAAUUGAGGCUAUACCUGGCGAUGAAAACAAAGAUCCCCAGAUUUCUUUGCACAAUUCACGUAAACGGCGUAAGAGCAGUUCAGAACACAAAAAAUCAAAAUUGUCGCACGUUGAUGCGAACGAAGUGCCAAUUGAUAUAGCGCCAUCAGCACCAAAGGCUGAGAUUCUUACAUCGACUUCAGACUCGGAGGAUGUCUUUAAACCUAGUCCAAACAUUGGUGGCUACACCAUGAAUACAAAAAUGUUCAGAAGUCAUCAUUUUGUAGCCAAAACAACAGUUCUCAAGCAGGAAAAGUGCACUGCUUGUGAGAAAAAAAUUCGAUUUGGAAAGAUCGUACAGAAGUGCAGAGAUUGUAGAGCUACAGCUCAUAUUGAGUGUAAAGAUUUAGUACCGCUGCCAUGUGUACCAAUGGGAAAUACCCCUACAUUACGUGGUAUGCCGGGCACUAUAGCUGAUUACACACCUAUAACACCACCCAUGGUGCCUUCCAUAGUAGUUCACUGCAUUAACGAAAUUGAAUUACGUGGAAUGAACGAGCAAGGAUUAUACAGAGUGAGCGGAGUAACCACAGAUGCCGAUUGUCUCAUAGAAAAGUUUUUGAAAUGUAAAGGUGCUCCGAAUCUGUCGAAUGUUGACAUUGCGACCAUCUGCUCUACUUUAAAAAAAUUUCUUAGAUCAUUACGUGAACCACUGAUCACUGUUGGUUUGUUGGGAGACUUCAUACGUGCAACACAACUGACGGACAAACAGGAUGCUGACGCCGCUCUUUAUCAAGCGAUAUCGGAAUUACCACAACCGAAUCGAGAUACUCUGGCCUUCCUAAUGCUACAUUUACAGCGUGUAUCAAGCAGCACUGAAUGUAAGAUGCCCAUUAGUAAUCUUGCCACAGUCUUUGGACCGACUUUAGUCGGUUAUAGUUCCCAGGAAACAUCUAACGCCAUGCUGAAUGAAACUAAACAUCAAUUUGCGAUAGUAGAAAGUUUACUUCAAAUUCCAAGUGAUUAUUGGGCAACUUACGUGAACCCUACAAAUUUAAAUGGUAUUUCCACUCCAAGAACAGGAGAAUUGAAGCAUACGCCAUCCACAGAAUCGCUUCUCAAGCGUAGCAUCUCCCGCGGUUUCUUCAAUACUCCUCUUACUUCCAGCCGCACUUUUGGAAGGAGAAACAAGAAAUAUUUUGCUACACCACCCUCUAGAAUAGGCUAGCAAUAAGCAAGUUUACAUUUGUUAUAAUAACAAUUCAUAAUUACACACAAAUUACAAACAUUUGAUUUGAUAUUUAACAUACAUGUAUUCUUUUGUAAAUAUAUAUAUCAAUAUACAAUAAA